GCGGGAGUCAACGACAGGGGUGAGGGGCGAGGAGCUGGUCAGUGUGUGGUUCAGUGCUCAGCUCAGCGAACACCAGCUUAUCUUAUAGGUAACUUCUCUUACACGGUUGAACCAUCAGACUUCUGGCAUCAUGAUCUCUCCCAGUUCAAUGCCCGCUCAGCAAUCUGAGGCUCCAUCAGAAAGCCUGGAGCACCACUCGCCCAAAACUGAGGAAGUUGCUCAGAUUAACGACCAGUCUGGAGAUCUUGCAGCACGUGUGACGGAGCUACCUUCUGAUGCCACCAACUUGACUGAAAACAAAGAGGUUGAUAAGAAAGAUGCUACAGAUGAGGCAAAGGAAGAUGCAGUUCCAACCUGCAAGGAAGACCCUGCAACCACAGAUGGGGCAGAGAAAUGCAAGGAGGAAUCUGCAGCCACAGAUGGUGCCGAGAAAUGCAAGGAGGAAUCUGCAGCCACAGAUGGUUCCAAGGAAUCUGCCGCCACAGAUGGUGCCGAGAAAUGCAAGGAAGAAUCUGCAGCCACAGAUGGUGCCAAGGAAUCUGCAGCUACAGAUGGGGCCGAGAAAUGCAAGGAGGACUCUGCAGCCACAGAUGGGGCCGAGAAAUGCAAGGAGGAAUCUGCAGCCAUAGAUGGUGCCGAGAAAUGCAAGGAGGAAUCUGCAGCCACAGAUGGUGCCAAGGAAUCUGCAGCCACAGAUGGUGCCGAGAAAUGCAAGGAAGAAUCUGCAGCCACAGAUGGUGCCAAGGAAUCUGCAGCCACAGAUGGUGCCAAGGAAUCUGCAGCUACAGAUGGGGCCGAGAAAUGCAAGGAGGACUCUGCAGCCACAGAUGGGGCCGAGAAAUGCAAGGAGGAAUCUGCAGCCACAGAUGGUGCCGAGAAAUGCAAGGAGGAAUCUGCAGCCACAGAUGGUUCCAAGGAAUCUGCCGCCACAGAUGGUGCCGAGAAAUGCAAGGAAGAAUCUGCAGCCACAGAUGGUGCCAAGGAAUCUGCAGCCACAGAUGGUGCCAAGGAAUCUGCAGCUACAGAUGGGGCCGAGAAAUGCAAGGAGGAAUCUGCAGCCACAGAUGGUGCCGAGAAAUGCAAGGAGGAAUCUGCAGCCACAGAUGGUGCCAAGGAAUCUGCAGCCACAGAUGGUGCCGAGAAAUGCAAGGAGGCAUCUGCAGCCACAGAUGGUGCCAAGGAAUCUGUAGCCACAGAUGGUGCCGAGAAAUGCAAGGAGGAAUCUGCAGCCACAGAUGGUGCCGAGAAAUGCAAGGAGGAAUCUGCAGCCACAGAUGGUGCCGAGAAAUGCAAGGAGGAAUCUGCAGCCACAGAUGGUGCCAAGGAAUCUGCAGCCACAGAUGGUGCCAAGGAAUCUGCAGCCACAGAUGGUGCCAAGGAAUCUGCAGCCACAGAUGGUGCCAAGGAACCUGCAGCCACAGAUGGGGCCGAGAAAUGCAAGGAGGAAUCUGUAGCCACAGAUGGGGCCGAGAAAUGCAAGGAGGAAUCUGCAGCCACAGAUGGUGCCAAGGAAUCUGCAGCCACAGAUGGUGCCAAGGAAUCUGCAGCCACAGAUGGUGCCAAGGAAUCUGCAGCCACAGAUGGUGCCAAGGAAUCUGCAGCCACAGAUGGUGCCAAGGAAUCUGCAGCCACAGAUGGUGCCAAGGAAUCUGCAGCCACAGAUGGUGCCAAGGAAUCUGCAGCCACAGAUGGUGCCAAGGAAUCUGCAGCCACAGAUGGUGCCAAGGAAUCUGCAGCCACAGAUGGGGCCGAGGAAUCUGCAGCCACAGAUGGGGCCGAGAAAUGCAAGGAGGAAUCUGCAGCCACAGAUGGGGCCGAGAAAUGCAAGGAGGAAUCUGCAGCCACAGAUGGGGCCGAGAAAUGCAAGGAGGAAUCUGCAGCCACAGAUGGGGCCGAGAAAUGCAAGGAAGCUGUUGCUGACGUAGAGACCGCUGAGGAAUGCAAGGAGGAUUGUGUAUCCACAGAUAAGACGAAGGAAGCGGCAGUUGAGACGGGAAAGGAUGAUGCUGGGGCAGCAAUACAGAUUUUGGUGACGGAAGUUGACGAAAAAGAGACUCUACAAAUGAACGGCCUUCACGAUAAGGAGAAAACUGAGUAGUAUUUAAUUCACACGUUAUUUAUGUUAAUAAAUCUGCAAGCUUU